AUGCUGGUUAAGGAUACCAAUGAGAGUUCAUCGAAUGCCGUCUCAAAAACCGGGGUACCCUAUGUUCCCGUUGAUGUUAUAGUAAAGGAAAUUGCCCCUUUAAUUCCUCUACCAGAGAAGAUGAUCCGCGAACUUGUGGAGCGGUACGACGAAGACAGUAUGGGCGGGCUGUCAGAAAAGCAGUGGAUUCGUUUUUGUGAGGAAAAUCAAAAGCGUUUCGCCUCUUUAGGCGAACAAGAGUUUACAUUUGACCGGUUUGUGGGAUAUAGUGAUCUUACUGUAAACGAACAAUCGACUCGUACCCAUCGAUUUCCUCAAAGUGUUGUGCGUUUUUUGGAGGGUUUUGCAGCAGGAGGGAUUGCUGGAGCCAUUAGCAAGACAGUCAUUGCGCCUGGGGAUAGGGUAAAGAUCAUAUUUCAAGUUGAUUCGGGCCGAAAGUUUACCUUACUCAAUGCCGUGAGAUUGGGUGUUGACACUGUGCGUGAACAUGGGGUUCUAGGUCUUUGGAUUGGCAACGGUGCCAUGAUGAUGCGUGUGGUGCCCUACGCUGCCACCACCUUCGCAUCGUUUGACUACUAUCAUCAUGCGCUUUGUCAGGUUGUAAACACGAAGCGAGCUGACGGCACGGAAGAGGAAGGUCUUGCGGUGACUUUGCGAUUCUUGAGCGGAUCGCUGGCUGGUGCAACAGCAACGGCCUGUACCUACCCCUUGGAUAUGAUGCGGGCACGAUUAGCGGCCCACAGUUGUACGGGUGAGACCCUUCCAAGCUACCGCAUUGCGUACAGAACGCUUGUUGGUACGCAUGGCUGGUUGUCACUCUACUCUGGCCUAGUUCCCACACUCGUGGGAAUAAUGCCAUAUGCAGGAUGCAGUUUUGCGGUUUUUGAAUCUCUAAAAAAAUAUAUUAUUAAGUGGCGAGACCUUCCAUCAGAUAAGUCGAUCCCGGUGCACGAGCGGAUGAUUGCCGGUGGGCUUGCUGGUCUUAUUGCCCAGUCUGCCACCUACCCUCUGGAUAUUGUUCGUCGGCGUAUGCAGGUUUCACCUGGCCGCUACCGUGGUGUUCUUCACGCCCUUAAAACAAUUUACAAGGAGGAGGGCUUGGCCCAGGGCUGGUACAAGGGGUUGCAAAUGAACUGGAUCAAGGGGCCGAUUGCUGUCGCUACCGGUUUCACCAUUAACGACAUCAUCAAGCGUCGUAUGCGGGAGUAUGAUGCGAAGGCUGCCCAGCUGUCCCACCGGGAGAGCCUGGUAACAAUUCCCGAGGCAUUUGCAUGUGGUGGUGUUGCUGCUGGAGUGGCAAAACUUUGGACUGUGCCAUUUGAUCGUUUAAAAAUUAUGUACCAAGUAGGUAUGAGUGUGUCAGACCCGCAUACUUUUGGCCGCCAAGGUAUCGCAAUGAUGAGUGAUAUGCUUGUUGAGAGCCCAAACAUGUGGCAAAGUAGUGGAAUCAUGAUGGUGAGAGUCGUUCCCUAUGGAGCGCUAACUUACUGCUUCUAUGAUGUAUUCCAAACAGCUGCCGAGCGUCUUAUGUUUUCCGUUACCCCUACACCAGCCACCAAUUUUGUUGCUGGUGGGUCUGCAGCAGCACUUGCAACGGCUAUAGUAUAUCCAUUGGAUCUUGUGCGUGCCAAAGCCGCUACAAACACCCUUCCACCUAAUUCUCAAUCAUACUACUGGAUGCUUCGUCAUAUGGCGGGACAGAAAGGCAUGCGCUCGUUGUGGGAGGGCUGCUCGCUCGCUGUCAUGGGCAUUGGCCCUCUUGCUGGUAUAGGCUUUGCAACAUACGAAUUUAUAAAGGAACGUUAUCAUUGUGAUAAUUUUGGUGAACGACUCCUCGCUGGAAUGCUAGCUGGUGUUGCUGGUCAGAUCUCAACUUAUCCUCUUAACGUAGCUAAACGCCAGCGGCAAGUGGAGCAACUUGUGUACUCAAGGCUUGGUGACCUGAAGAAUAUAUUUAUGAAGCCCGGAUUCUAUGCUUCUUUAUAUAGAAAAAUGCCCUUUGGGUGGUCGAUCGGUGCAAUGACGUUUGGGAUAUCUUUUGCCGUCAAUGAUUUGUGCCGCGACGUGGUGGUCAAGGCAAAGAAGGAUAUUUUGCAUGACCUUUUUUUCACCAGCUUGCAGUAG